AUGCAGAGGGGCUACUGUGUGGUCAGCACCAGAUACAGCCCUGCCCUCAUCCGCGAUCGCGCUCUCAGCAGCCCAACCGCAUUCUUGCAGGUGGUUGGCCGGGCAGUUGAGAUGCUGGCAAGGCUUGGAUACUUCUUUGGCAGCCUGGCGUUUGACAGGGCGUCAGGCAACUCGGAAAAUAGGAAUCGGAUCCGGUACAGGGCAGCACAGCUAAGGGAAACGCUGACAGCGCUGGGGCCCUCGUUCAUAAAGGCCGGUCAGGUGCUGGCGAGCCGGCCGGACAUUGUGAGGGCAGACUAUAUGGAGGAGCUCUGCGUGCUGCAGGACGAUGUGCCCUCCUUCUCAGAUGAUUUGGCCUUCCAGAUCAUGGAGGAAGAGCUUAGGCAACCGAUAGCGCAGGUCUUUAGCUCGAUCUCUGAGCACCCCAUAGCAGCGGCCUCCCUCGGCCAGGUGUACAAAGCGGUGCUGAGGGACACUGGGGAGGAGGUGGCGAUAAAGGUGCAGCGGCCGGGAGUGGAGCCCGUCAUCCUGAGGGAUUUGCUCAUCUUCCGCUCCAUGGCGCGCUUCAUCAACCCCAUCUCAAAGGCUCGGCUGGGCUGCAAUUCAGAGCUGAUCCUGGACGAGUUUGGGGAGAAGCUGCUGGAGGAGCUGGAUUACCAGCAGGAGGCUAGGAACAUCGAGGACUUUGGGCGGAACUAUGCGGGGGAUCCGAAGGUGAAAAUCCCCUGGGUGCGGCGGGACCUGUGCGGCUCGCGCAUCCUGGUCAUGGAGUGGAUCGACGGCCUCCGCUGCACCAACCCCGUCGGCAUCCAGUCAUCCGGCAUCGAUGUUGACGAGUUCAUCCGCUGCGGCGUUGUCUCCGGCCUGCGCCAGCUGCUCGAGUUUGGGCUGUUCCACGGGGAUCCGCACCCGGGCAACAUUUUUGCUCUUCGGGACGGCCGCAUCGCGUACGUGGACUUUGGCAACGUGGCGGAGGUGUCGCAGCAGAACAAGCAGACGCUGAUCGAUGCUGUUGUGCACGCCGUCAAUGAGGACUAUGAGGAAAUGGCCAAGGACUUUAUCAAGCUGGGCUUCCUGUCGCCUGGCACGGACAUCAGGCCGAUUGUGCCAGCGCUGGAGAAAAUCUGGGCGGACAGCCUGGGCCGCAGCAUGUCCGACUUCAACUUCCGCUCCGUGACAUCUAAGUUCAACGAGCUUGUGUACCAGUACCCCAUCCGCAUCCCAGAGCGCUACGCCCUCGUCAUCAGGUCGCUGCUGACGCAGGAGGGCAUCUGCCUGCAGCUGCGCCCUGACUUCCACUUUUUGGAGGUGGCCUACCCCUACGUCGCCCGACGCCUGCUCACCGACGAGGACCCUGCCCUCCGGGAACGCCUCUUCCAGGUGUUGUUUGCCGGGGGCAAGUUCCAGUGGAAGCGGCUGGAGAAUCUGAUCCGUCUGGCGCGCGAGGGGUCGGGCGGCCUGGAUCUGAGCGACACGGUGGCCAGCGGCGCUCGCGUCAUUCUCCUGGACGAGCGCCUGCGAUCUCAGCUGCUCAUGGCCCUCACCGAAGACAACCGCCUCCACGUCGACGAGGUUGCACGGCUGGUGCAGUUGAUCCAGGGGGACAUAAACCCACAGAAGCUGGUGUCUGAGACGGUCGCGCGGCUGCCGUCCCUGUCGCGCCAGAUCAUGCUUCAGUGGUCCGACCGUGUGCUGGCGUCUUGA